UGGUCGAAUGUCCAUGGUUGAUACUUGAUUUUGUGGUCUAUGUAAUUUGUGUUGAUAUUUAUUAAUCGUUUAUUUUGUUGAUAAUGGUAGCGACUUGUAUUGUUUGCAAGAAUUAUCGCGGCAAGAAGACUGCUAAUCAAAGUGGACAGGGAAUAUCGUUUCACACGUAAGUUGUCAAUGUUCCCAAAGGACAAUGUAGCAAAGCAAAAGUGGAUGGAGGCAUUGGGCCUCACCAAUAUCGCAGAUUCAUCAAGAAUUUGUUCUACUCAUUUUUCGGACACUGAUUUUGAAGAACAACUGCUUCUUGGAUCUAGGAGAAAACUAAAAAAAGCUGCAGUUCCUUCUUUGAAUGAAAACCCACAAUAUAGCAAUAAAAUCAAAAAUGAAAAUGUAGAAGGCGAGGUAGAAGGUGAAGAAGCUCAGGUUUUCAUCGACGUGGGGAAAGCUCUUUGGGAACGAUCGAGCGACACAGUAAAUGAUGAAGCCAUACCAUGCCCAAAAUACCGGCGAAUAGGCGACAUUGAUGUCAAAAAAGUGUGUACAUCUCCAGCAGAAGCGAAAUUAUGUUUAGAAGUAGCUAUAGAAACAAUCCAGGAACAGAGAAGAAAAAUUCGCAAACUGCAAACUUCCAAUAACAAACUUCGGAAAUCAUUUAUUGAUUUGAAGGCACUUUUGAACGAAUUGAAGGAGAAAAAUGUCUUGUCUUCUGAAGCAUGGGACAUUUUGAUUGUAAGUUAGUAUAAACCGUAGAAUAUUAUUACAUAUUACAAAAUAAAAUUAUAUUUACCUGUU